AUGAUGCGCUUCGUCUGCACGACGUACUUCUGCGUUCGGCCAGGGCUACCAAUUGCACCGCGUGAAACAGUUCGAGUCCGACAGCUCCUAGCAAAGUAUAAACUGAGCAAAAAUCCUGUUGAAGGAUUUUCGGCCGGUUUAAUCGAUGAUAAUGAUAUCUUUCGAUGGGAAGUGUUAAUUAUCGGACCUCCAGAUACGCUGUAUGAGGGUGGUUUUUUCAAGGCACAUUUGCACUUUCCCAAAGAGUACCCGCUAAGGCCGCCGCGCAUGAAGUUUGUCACAGAAAUCUGGCACCCAAACAUCGACCGCAAUGGUGAUGUGUGCAUAAGCAUCCUACACGAGCCGGGCGACGACAAGUGGGGCUACGAGAAAGCGUCGGAACGCUGGCUGCCCGUGCACACCGUCGAAACAAUCCUGAUAUCGGUCAUAUCGAUGUUGGCCGAUCCGAACGAUGAAUCACCGGCCAACGUGGACGCGGCGAAGGAAUGGCGAGAGGCGUAUCCCGAAUUUAAACGAAAGGUAGCGCGAUGUGUUCGAAAGAGUCAGGAAGAUUGUUAGUAGGAUUUAUAAUGCUUUUUUUAAAAUUGUCUUAUAUUUAUUGAUUAAUUAUUGUACGAUUACACUUACCUUAAAUGAACGAAAGAAAAUCAUGGAAGUGCAUCUAAACAGCCGUUAUCUCGUCUACCACCACUGUAUCUAUCCUUCUUAUAUACUACGACUAUUACUAGAACUGCUACGGCAACGACACCGGUCGCUCUUAGCUAUCUGUGGUUGAGUGCGGAGAUUGGUUGGGAACACGGUUAUUAGUUAGAAAUGGAAUGGCAAUGAGAACAAAGCCACGGAGCGCCUAGCCACUACGCUAUACAAGGGAGAGAAACCGCGGUGGGUUUGAUGGAAGAUGGCUGAACAGAUAAACGAACGAUGGCGCUUCAGAGUGCAAUAGCUAUGCCACCGACCGCUACUACUGCUAAAUUUGGAUUAUUGUGGGUCUGUGAUCGUAAAGUAGAACCUUUAACGAAUCGAUUUACUUAGAAAACUAAGAACCGUCGGCUAAACGAAAAAAAGGCGUAUCCUGUGGGGGAGGCCACCAGACAUGGUUCGUUUUCACCAAAAUGAAACGAUUGCAGCAGAGCGAUUGCUUCUGUUGUCGAGGCACGAGGAUUCCAUGUGCUCGUUUUACAAUACAAAGUCAGUUUUUCAGUCUUAGUUGACUGGAAAAUAAUAAGAACCGACUGAAUGCUACCUGUAAAGGUGGCAUAAUUACGAUGGUCGAUUUAGCUCAGGCGCCAAAUAGGAAGUGACCAAACACCAGGGCAACGCAAACUUUUGUUUUUCGCUUCCUUGCAACGUGAUUUUGCUUAGGUAAAUGUCCGCCGUUAUUUUGUUGCCAAUUUAUCUACCGUCAAAUCACUUCUGAGCCACAAGUUUCAAACAACAAAACAAGUUUGAAAUUUAGGUAAACAACUUGAUAUGCAAGCACGCCUAUCACAAGUAACAACUAAAAUGGAUUGUCUUUUAGCCCAGAAUGAGAUUUGAUUUUAUGAAAGCUAGGAACGUUCAACUGCAUUCAAUCAAGAAUCUAAAAAGGUCCUAGCAAAUUUGUAGCGCCAACAUAAAAUGGGCUAUCAAAGAUAAAGAAACAUCCGAAAACAGCGCCGAAAGUCUGCAGCGGGAUGUUACGCUUUACACAGGGAUCGAUGCGACAAGAAGAAGUCGAUUCGUGUGAGAGGAUUGUUUCCGUUUGCGCAAUCAUUAUGGUCAUGGAUUAGCAUGAGCAAGAUGAGUAUGUUUGAAAAACUCAGGAACCUAAAUUUUUACAUUUACUCAAAUACCGUGCAUGGCGAAGCUACGCGAAAAAAGCAUUAAUAAAAACUAAAACAUAAAAAAAACAAGUAUCGGCGAUUCGAUAAAAGCAGAAAAUGACCCAAUAACGUUGACCAAAAGCCUGGUAUGGGCUUAUACCGUACCAUUACCAUCGGGGCAAACUAGUCGAGUGCAAGACGCUCCGCUUUUCUAUUUGCAUCUCCUGUUUUGCCACUGCACUCGAGUACAGAUCACACAGUGAUCUCAUGCGUGACUCUCAAUCCAUAGAUCGGAUUCAUCUACGACUAAUAGUGUAAUUUAUGUAAACACUUUUGUAUGAUUUUCUUCGAACUGUAACUGCUGAUGAUUGGACACUGUUGCUGCAGAGCUCAAGACAAGAUACACACGUCGUACACAUGUUUCCAUGAUGAGCCAAUUUUAGUCGCUCAAUUGUGUAAAUAGCAAAAGUUUAGUAAAGCUUCUUUUAUCCUUGAUUUACUAUAUUACGCGUAUAAUAUAACCAAUGGUAAUUAUUAGGCAAAGGAAUGUCAGUAAAAUAUUAGAACACAAGGAUCAAUGAUCUUAAACCGGAGCUGAUCUUCGCAUUCACGGUAAGGCGACUCAGUAAAUAUGCAAAUGGAUAACAUCGGUAAAUAGGUAACUGGUUGUGAAAAUCAAUCGGUGCCUGUGUGCAGUGUGUACGCUUCGUGGAAGAUAUGUACGAACGAAAGAAAGUUAGCGAAAGGGAGGUUAGAAAAUUGGAACCAUUUUCUAACACAAUAAAACACGACUGACAAGCAACGACACGUGGCCAACCGUGAAAAAUGAUAAUCGUCUGUGUGCGUAUGAUUCCUGUUGCAUCAAGGAUGGCUACGGGAUAACGAGAACGGAUCGGCAAAACUUGUUUCUGAAAAGAUAACAAUUGAGAUUGAAUAUAGCAUAAUGUGUGCAGCAGCAGCUGAUGAGGGUCGAGGUACGCGUGACAUUGUCACCAGUAAUUAAUGUUUGAGGCGACUAAAUACCGUUUAAACACUAUGCGUUGGCAUAGUAAAAGACAACGUAGAUAGGUUUAGGGCAAGGGAAAGAGAGAUGCGUUGCGGCACGUUCCUGAAGGCAUCAAAGGUCGCUUGAAAUGAACCACACUAGUUAGAGAUCAGGAAGGAGUCACAGAUUUGGUCUGAUGCAUGUGGCAGACUUUGUCUGGUGCCUGCAUAAUGAACAAUAUUCCUUUUAGCUCUACAAUACCUUGUUUUUAGCGCGAUAUUGUCUCGGCAGAAACUACUUUCCAUUUCUUAUCCUACCUUCGCACAGUUGUGGUCGAAGGAACCGUAAUCCAGGAAGAAGCAUAAUGGGAAGAACACCGAAAGAUCAACCAAUUGAGAUGCACAAGGCGGACAAGUGAGAACAUUGAAACACAAUACAAAUAAAGAAGGGCUAUAGCUGG